AUGGGCUGGUUCGACGGUAAAUCAACCGCUUCAUCCGUGGGACAUGUGCGCCGGCGGUCGCCCGCCUCCAGCACGCAUAGUGGACGCAGUUCGCGCAGCAAAUCAGGCCAUUCCACUCACCACUCGCAAAAGUCUGCACCAUCCUUCUUGGGAACACGAAGUGGAGGGCGAUCAAGCCCAUCAGUCUUCUCCUCAUUCUCAUCUUCGUCGCGGCGGGCUCGGCCCCGCGAGGGAUUUGUGCAGCGCAUGAUCCGCGACAUCAAGCGGCUGUUCCGUGACAUCUAUCGCUGGGCUCGUCGGAAUCCAAUGAAGGUCUUCAUGAUGGUCAUUGUGCCUCUCCUGACCAGCGGUGUUCUGCCGAGGCUGCUCGCCAUGAUUGGGAUUCGCUUGCCGCAUGCGAUCACCAAGGCCCUCGGUGGUAGCUCGAAGUCUCAUGGAUCAGAUAAUGGAGGUGGCAGAGGAAUGUCUGAGCACAUCAGCAGCUUGAUGAACAUUGCCAAGAUGUUCACAUAG